CUCGAGGUCGCACGAACAUUUCACCCUCCCUUCCUCCCCUGAACUUCCCCCACCGUCAAUUCUUCCAUCUCUCUCCCUCCUCGUGAAACACAUGAGAGAAGGACCGAGAUCGAGAUCCAGAUCCAGAUCCAGACCGACGAGUAUAGGUGACGAUGGAGAGCCCGGAUCUUUCCCCGCCGCACGCGGACGCGUCCCGGCCGUCCCUCGGGUUCCCCCUAGGCACGGCCCUCCUCCUGAUCGUCAUCUUCACCCUCAGCGGCAUAUUCUCCUGCUGCUACCACUGGGACAAGCUCCGGUCCCUCCGCCAAUCCUCCUCCUCCGAGGACGCUGAUCCCGACGCCGACACCGAAAACCCGCCCUGGAAAUCCGCUCCCCCUUCCAUGGAUGUGAAGCGAAACCAGAGCCAGACCUUGCCGGUUUUGAUGCCGGGCGACACGGUACCGAAGUUCGUAGCGCUGCCAUGUCCCUGCCGGCCUCUCCGAGAAGAGAAAAAAGCCGUCGUUAAAGCGCCGAAGCCGGUGAAGCCGCCUCGGCUGCCAGUUCCUCUGUAUUAGCAAAGCAUAGGCAGAAUGAAAUAUAUUCCCGCCCCCUUUAACGAUUGUAGAUAUAAGUAUCGGAAAAUUUAUUUUAAUGUAGCCGAAAACGCAAUUCAUUGUUUAAUGAAAGGUGGUCGCGAUGUUUGUA